GUCAGUGUUGAAGAAUCAGCUGUUUACCGGUUUGACUUUUCUUCAAAUGUUUUGAUUUGUUGUUGAUUCGAUUUGAUUUAAAUUGUUCCAAAUAAAACAAGAGGUUGACGAUUAGUUUCACUGUUGUGAUUAAGAUGAGUUAAUCAUUCUCUCUGAUUAAUUAAAUCCCAUGGAAAAUGAUGUUUUGUCUAAAUCCCAUAAUCUUAAUGGUUCAUAUUAAAACAUUGAAAAUUAAUUCAUUGAUAUAAUGAUUAAAUCUCAUUUGAUUUGUGUAAUUAUAAUCACGAGUGUUUUUCUACUACUUGUUCAACUAAUUGUUUUACAAUCGAUUGUUACUAAGAAUCAAAUUGAAGUCAACCAUAUCUGGGAAUCAUUACAUGGAAUAACUUCACUUUCCGAUAGUCAUGAUGUUCCAUUGUUUCUAAUUGAUGGAAAAUUAUGCAAAAAAAUAUUCGAUUUACAAUUUUCUUCAUCGGGAUCAUUAUCAUCUCCAUUCAGUUCAACGUCUCCUCAUCAGAUUGAUUCAAAAUAUUGUCAAAUUCUGUGUAACAAUCAAGAUGUCACUCAUCUGGGAACUCUCGGUGAAUUCAUUGACCAUCGGAAGAUAACCAAACUUGUCCAAUCAUUAAAGGAAAAUGGCUACACUGUGUUACAAUUUAUCGACUUGGAUCCAACUUUACUUCAUCAUGACCUCAAAGUGACAAUCCCGAUGCACUUAAUUGUCUUUAAGGAAGGAGCCAAAAAAAGGAAAGGCCAUGUAGUCCAUGUUGCCGUUUUGUAUGAAAGAUUAAACCAAUACUGGUGGUCAUCGCCGUUCUCACCAACCGAUUAUGAGAAGAGGCUUAUGUUGCGACAGGGAGCUCGAAAAGCGGAUUUCGUAAACUCAGAUCAUGCGGUUAUUUAUAAGAAAGUCGAAAUUAGCAACACAGUCAUCGAUGGUCUAACAAUUGGAUUACCAAAACAUCUUCUCACUUUUCACCAAUCGGCUAAGGAAAUCGCCUACAUCGAGUGUAACAAAACUCAAGCCAAAAAGUUUCAUUCAGCUCAUGGCUCCAAAAUGGGCUCCGUUGAACAGAUCGACUCAUUUAGAUCUCAAGUGAAAAGUUUACUCUCAAUUGUUAAAUCAGUUCUCGAUGAUCUUGGGAUUCCUUUCUGGUUAAGUAGUGGCACUGCCCUCGGUUGGUUCAGGCAAUGUGAUGUCAUCGCCUAUUCGAGGGACGUUGAUAUUGGCAUUUGGAUUAGCGAUUAUCGACCAGAAAUGAUCGAUCAUUUCUACAUGAAUAACCUUCCUUUGUUACAUGCUUUCGGUAAAGUUGAGGAUUCUUAUGAACUAUCGUUUCGCCAUGGAAAUGUCAAGUUGGACGUUUUCUUUUUCUACACGGAAGCAGAUCAUGUUUGGAAUGGCGGAACACAGGCCAAAACGGGUUACAAGUUCAAGUACAUUUUUCCAAAAUUCAAUCUUUGUUGGACUGAGUUUCUAGAUCUAUUAGUUAGGGUUCCUUGUGAUACAAAGAUUUACAUUGAAGCAAAUUAUGGAUCCAAUUGGUCAGUUCCCGUUGAAAAAUGGGACUGGAAAUCAAGUCCACCAAAUGUCAAUCCAAAUGGACGGUGGCCAUUAGAUGAAUGGUCAAAGGUUAUCCAAUUAACUCCAACAGCUGAUAGCAUUUAAAUUUAAUUGAUACUUCAGUUAUUUCUCAUAAGUUUUAUAAUCAAAUCAACCAAAUCAUUUGCACGUAUGAAACAUAUUUUAACAUUUCCAAGCCAUGGACAAAUCAAUUAAUAUGCCAACUAAUUACAAUCAAUUAUAACAAUCCACUGAUUGCAGCCACUGUUUACUUGGAUUUAAUCAUCAAAUUACAUUCAACAUGAAAAUCUUGAUCUCAUACCAAUGAAAAAACCAUAAUUGACAAUCAAAUCCAAAGUAAUUACAUUUUGCUAAUCAUUCGCCAUAAUCAAUUGAUAUUUAUACUCAAUUAUACGAAUAAAUAUAAUUUGACAUUAAA